UCAAAGCAAACUGCAUGCUGACUUUUCCCUUUGCUCAAAUCGGGCAGUACUACUCCCCCACCGUCUUCAAAAGUAUCGGCAUCGCCGGCACCAACGCCGGGCUCCUAUCCACGGGCGUCUUCGGCAUUGUCAAGACAGUCGUCACCGUGCUCUGGAUUUUCUUCCUGAUUGACCAGUUCGGUCGUCGCAAACUCCUCAUGUUUGGAGGUUUCGGCGGCUCAAUUUGUCUCUGGAUUGUCGGCGGGUACGUUGCUGUUGCGAAGCCCUCUGGCAAGGGCGACCAGUCAGAUUCCCCUGGCGGAAGGGCAGCCAUCGCCUUCUUCUAUCUCUGGACCUUCUGCUACACACCCUCGUGGAGUGGCACGCCGUGGGUCGUGGCGAGCGAGAUCUUUGACCAGAAUAUGCGCAGCCUCGGGCAGGCGUUCGCGGCGGCUAACAACUGGUUCUGGAACUUUAUCGUGGCCCGGUUCACGCCGCAGAUGUUCCGAGACAUGGGUUACGGCGUAUUCUUCUUCUUUGCUGCGCUUCAGCUGCUGUCUGUUGUCUACGUGUACUUUAUCCUGCCCGAGACGAAGAGUGUGCCUCUAGAGCAGAUGGAUCUGCUGUUCUCCAAGGACUUGAAGCCCUGGAAGGCGCACAGUGUCGUCAUGCAACAGCUUCGGGACCUCGAUCAUGAGUUCCGGGAGACUGUGGCUGAUGACGUUACUGAGAAGCAGCCCGAGACUGCUAAGCAGGUUGAGCGUGUCUGA